AUGCUCUAUAAUGUAGAAAAUGUUGAUGUAGAAUUUGAUGAAGAUAUAACACAACAAGCCAAAUACUCUAAGGAUAGUUGGAAUUACAGAUUGAAAUAUAUACAAAAUAGUAAUAUAUCUGAAGCUAAAAACAUAUGGGAUGGGAAAAACUAUUGGAAGAAGAAAACAAAUGGAUAUCUAUCUAAUGAAGAAAAAACAAAUAGAAUAAACAAUCUUAGAAAACUAGAGAAUGAAGAAACUAGGAGAUUAAAACAAAAGAUAAAGGAGUUAAAAACCUUUAAAAAAGAAUACCAAGAAGUUUUUGGAGAAGAAAUCCCUGAAGACAAUUUUGAAUAUUACUUUAAUAUAGAAUUGAAGUUGAAAAUAUAUAAAAAUCUAUGGUUAAGAAAGAUGAAGAAACUAGUAGAAUAA